UCCCUUCUCGCCCGCCUCGUCGACGCCUUCGCAAUCGCUUCAUCCAGCCAGCCUUAUCGGCUUAUCCAUCAUCCAGGCCUAACGAAAGCACCGCCGCAGCUGAUGCCGCUCGCCGGCAUUGCCCUCGCGCCUCUCCUCAUCUCCCCCCUCACGCCUCCCACUCUCCGUAGCGGCGUUGCCACUGCCGCCGCCGCCGGGUUAAGGCCAUGCGCUCUACGGCGAGUUCGGUGCUCGGCUACAAAAGUAUCGGGUGGAGGCGGGGAGGACGGUGAGCUCUCCCGCGCGACGCUGCUCUGGAGGGCGGCGAAGCUGCCCAUCUACUCCGUGGCGCUUGUGCCACUCACCGUAGGGAGCGCUUCUGCUUAUCAUCAUGCAGGUUUAUUCUUUGCCAAACGCUAUUUUGUUCUCUUGACAGCAGCAAUCCUUGUGAUCACUUGGCUCAAUCUCAGCAAUGAUGUUUAUGAUUCAGAUACUGGGGCUGAUAAGAACAAGAAAGAAUCUGUUGUUAACAUCAUUGGCAGUAGAGCGGUGACACAAAAUGCUGCAAACGUUUCUCUUUUGCUCGGCUUCACGGGACUAUUUUGGGCCUUUGCAAAAGCUGGGGACGUCAGAUUCAUUUUUUUGGUGAUAUGUGCAAUCUUCUGUGGUUAUGUUUACCAGUGUCCUCCGUUCCGAUUAAGUUAUCAAGGACUGGGCGAGCCGUUGUGUUUUGCUGCAUUUGGUCCAUUGGCAACCACAGCAUUCUACUUCUCGAACAGCAAUAUAAAUAAUUCAAGCGGAACGGUGCUUCUCCCUCUCACCAAAACAGUUAUAGCUUCAUCUGUUCUGGUUGGGUUGACAACUACUUUGAUACUCUUCUGCAGCCAUUUUCAUCAGAUUGAUGGAGAUCUUGCAGUUGGAAAGAUGUCUCCGCUGGUGAGAAUUGGCACUAAAACAGGAGCGCGAAUAGUAUCGAUUGGGAUUAUCAUCCUUUACAUUCUCUUGGCUGCGUUUGGCAUAUGCAAAACUCUUCCAUCAGCUUGCAUUGUCCUUGGUGCCCUUACUCUGCCGGUUGGCAAAUUGGUUGUGGAGUAUGUGCUGAAAAAUCACGGGGACAACGCCAAGAUUUUCAUGGCGAAGUACUACUGCGUGCGGUUGCACGCGCUGUUUGGGAUGGCACUGGCUUCCGGUUUGGUCUUGGCUCGAAACGGUAUACUAGUCUGACAGAUGAGCAACUUUGAAAUCCCUGAGAGGGUCCAGAGCGCCUAGCAGUUUCAGAUUGAGUGAAUGCACAGCCUUCCACUGCGUUCUGAAUCUGAUUCAACGAUAGAACAACUUGAACGAUGAGAAUGGGCAUACUGCUAAACUGGUGCAGUUUUGCCAAAGAAUGGAGAGGGAAGGCCAUGAGAUCAACUGGGCAGAGACAAUCAGGGAAACCCCAAGCACCAGUUUAAUAUACUGUCGAGGCUCCGGGUCGGAUGAGACAAGUUGCGUUGCUGCUAGAAUGAACGAAGAGGUUCAGUAACUGUCCAAACAGGACGCCUUGUGUGCUUUGACCUGCUUGGCUUGCUCAGUUAUCACUGAAGUCAGUUACCGUUGCACAGGAGGAUCAACAGUAUGAAUUGAAUUCCAAGCCAGGACGAGUCGUGUUCUAUCAUUACUUCUUUGUACCACGUACCAACUGAUCAUACGAUCAUGCAUAUUCGGGGAGAUUUCACAGUCUUGUUUUCGCAUUUAGCCUUCCUGGGUAGGUCUAGUCAGCUACUGUGCAGAGUUUGUAAUUGCAAUCCCUUGUUGUUAUCUGUUAGUCCAUGCAAGUGAGCAUUCCCCGUUCCUUAAUCACCAGAAUGAUGUGUAACCAAACAUAUACAAUCACCUUGAAAGAAGACAGCGCUUCAACUA